AUGGCGAGCUGUGUUAGUUUUCAAAAGUUCUUCUCCGCUAUUUGCGUCGUUUCAUUCAGUUUUCUACUGGAGAAUACAAUUUUAUCAAUCGAUGCCAAAGAAGAUGGUGAGUCAAAGCUGUUUGUCGCAAUCGGUAAAGAGAAUCUUGUGAUAUUUACCGUGGCAACGGAAGAAACAGAUGGUUAUAAAAGAUUUAUGAGAUCAGUUGAGAAAAAUGGUCUUUCAGAAUAUUUACAAGUACUUGGUUUGGGAGUGGAAUGGCAAGGUGGUGACAUGAAUAACAUAGGAGGUGGACAAAAAGUAAGACUACUUAAAGAUGGCCUAGAGAAAUAUAAAGAUGAGAAAGAUCUUGUUAUUAUGUUUGUAGAUAGUUACGAUGUGUUAUUUACUGCCGGUAUUAUGAAAAAGUUUCACAAGAUGGAAGCAAGAGUUGUGUUCUCUGCUGAACAUUAUUUGUGGCCUGAUAAAAGCCUUGGUAGCAAAUAUCCCAAAAUAGAAAAAGGACUACCAUAUUUGAAUUCUGGUAUGUUCAUGGGAUAUGCUGAGGAAAUCUGGAAGAUUGUGUCACAUGAAGAUAUCAAAAAUAGUGGUGAUGAUCAACUUUAUUAUACAAAAAUAUUUUUAGAUCCUCAACUACGGGAGGAACUUAACAUGAAAUUGGACAACUUAGCCGUGUUAUUUCAGAAUUUACAUGGGGAGGAAGACUACCCAAGUGUCAUGCUUGCUAUCUUUAUUGAAUAUCCAACUCCAUUCAUCACAGAAUUCUUUCAAAAAAUCGCAAACUUAUCAUAUCCCAAAAACAAGAUUGAUAUUUUUAUACAUAAUUCAGCUGCGUUCCAUGAGUUAGAUGUGUCUGAUUUUUUAGAUGAUUACAGUGAAGUGUACAGUUCAGUGAGAGAAUUACCACCAAGCUAUAGUCUUAGUGAAUAUGAAGCAAGAAAUAGAGGCUUGAAAUAUUUCCUUGGGUUGAAAUGUCAGUAUUAUUUCACAGUUGACUCUGUGUCACAUAUAGACAACCCCAACACUCUAAAGUUGCUUAUUGAACAAAACAGGGGUAUCAUUGACAACUUGUUUAUUACACUUAGGGGGUAUCAUCAACAACAACUUGUUUAUCUCACUUCGGGGGGGGUAUUUAUGUAUGUGUCCAACAUGGUGGAGUAUGGUCACCUGGUGAACCCAGAAACCUUCUCAGAUUAUUUAGAGCAAAAACAUCCAGACAUGUAUCAGAUGUUUGAUAAUCCAGAGGACUGGGAAGAGCGAUACGUACAUCAUGAUUGGUCAAAACAGUUGAUGCCAAAUGCUAACAUCUCAAUGCCAUGUCCAGAUGUGUAUAGCUAUCCACUGAUGAGCGAGACAUUUGCACAACAUUUAAUUGAAGAGAUGGAAUAUUAUGGUCAAUGGUCAGGAGGGGGUAAUCAGGAUUCUAGACUUGCUGGUGGUUAUGAAAAUGUUCCAACAAGAGACAUCCAUAUGAACCAGAUCAACUUUGAACAACAUUGGCUUCAUUUCAUCAAAGAACAUGUGUGCCCAAUACAAGAAAGAGUUUACCCUGGUUAUUAUUCAAAGGCUAAUGCUAUUAUGAAUUUUGUGGUUCGGUAUAAACCCGAUGAGCAAGCAUCUCUACGACCACACCACGACUCAUCAACAUUUACUAUUAAUGUUGCUCUUAAUAAAAGAGGUGUUGAUUAUGAGGGUGGUGGUGCCAGGUUUAUUCGUUAUAACUGCAGCGCCAUUGGUAUGGAUGUAGGGCACACGUUGAUGCAUCCUGGUCGUCUCACUCAUUUCCAUGAAGGUUUACCCACCACUAGAGGGACACGGUAUAUCAUGGUGUCAUUUAUUGACCCAUAGAUCUCCCUCAAAUCCAUAAGAUAGUAGAGGUUAUGCAGCAGUCUUGCCUUCAUGGAUUCAGUUUGUAGCAUUUUUGGAUGUAUUUCCCAUCGAUUUGUACCCCAAUUUCAAAAUUAAGCUUCUUGUUUAAAAUUUGAAACCAUAUACUGUAGUUGUCUGGGUAAGUGCCAAGGGUCUCGAACAUGGAAAAUUGUCAAAAAGUAGGGGUGGGUGUAUGCCCGGACAUCCCCUACAAAAAAAACGAAAAUUGACAACACACAGAUCAAGCUGCGACAGGGAAUAGAAUGGCAAAUGAAAACAUACAAUGAAAUUAAAUGAACAAUAUGCAACAUUAGAAGUAUAAUAAAAGUAAUUUAUUGCUUAUAAUGUGAUAAAUAAACCAGAAAUAAUAAAAAUCGACAGUGAGGAAUCAUUUAAAUUAGGAUUUCCCCGCAAACACGCCCAAUAUGCGUCAAAAUUAACUAAAAUGUCAGGGGUUAAACUGUAUAAAAUUAUUUCCAGUUUUGACAAAUACUUGAUCAACAGUCAUACACAAACAAUAAUAAUUUACAAAUUUACACAGUGAAAAUUAUUAAAAUUCAUAGUUGUUUGAAAAUUGUCAAAAAACUCCAUUUGUACGUUCAUUAAUUGCCAUCUUCGUCAAAGUCAAAACUCUCAAAGUCCAAGUUAGCGUCACUGUCGCCGUCCAACAAGAUUCCUACAGCUUCGUCCUGAAGUUUAUCGGUGUCGUCAUACACAGUUUGGACUUAGUACUUUUAAGCCACAGAUUUUGCUGUCUGUCAGCUGAGCAUGUCUUAUCACAAUAGACAUCUGCUGUACUGAUUGGGUAAAAAUUACAUCACUACUAGUGUUUCAUCAUAGAGGUCGGGCCAUCGGCAUGACAUUUCAAAAUUGUCAUGGAUGAAUUCAUUCCAGUUAUGGAUUCGCAAGCGACUACAACAUAUUUUAUAAAGUCAAAACAGUAUUGCAACAUUGCUUUCAUUGCCGAUGACGCUAAAGCCGAACGAGUACAACACCUUUUCAGGGCCACAACUCAUUUCAAAAAGACAACUACUGUUUCUGCUUUAAUAUACAUUUUGUAGACUUGCUGACUGGUAUAACUCUGAUAAAGAAAUCUUGAAACAUAAAUGUAAAUUACAAGAACAGCAGUGCCCUGAAGGCAGAACACGAAAUUACCUAUUUUGCUGUCACGGCUGUUCCGUGUUCACCCCACAUUUUACGCAAUUGACGUUUAUUUUUCAAGACUUUUUAUCAGGAUCAGAACAGAAUGCAAGGAAGUCAACUGUUAAUACAACAAACAAAAAAUAGAUUUUUUUUAUUACAAGUUUAGAAAAGUCUCCCCUAGGCGUAUGCCCGGACAUGGCCUCAAUUUCUUUAUUGUAUCAAAAUUGGGGGGUGGGCAUUUGCCCGGGCAUGGGCGCUUACCCGGAUAAGUACAAUAUAUAUGGUGCUGUAUUGAUAUUUUACUCUUUCAUUGACCCAGUGAUAGGUUUGGAUAGAUUUCUUCAUUAGAAACAUCAAAAAAUGGUGGUUGUUUUUUGAAAAGUCUGCAAUCAUACAUCAAGUUUAAAUUCUUUUAAAAUGCUCUAAACUGAAGCCAUGUGAGCUAGCAGAGACUUUAAAGGGCAACUGUUAUCGCUGUGUGGUGUUGUGUGGUGUACUGUAAAACCAUUUAUUUUCACAGACAUUUUAUUUCACUAUUUUGAUGUUUUGGGCAUAUUCAUGAAUUUGUCAAGUAAACAUUGAGUUUUAUUGUUAUUUUACAUGUUCACGUAGAUUUAAUUUAGCUGAUUUUACUUAUUAGUGAAAAUAGCGAAAUUAAAACCCAGUGAAAAAUUAAUAGAUUUACAGUCUAUGACAAAUACAAUGUGUACACAAAAUUUGAACACGCACUGCACUGCAAGAUGGCCGUAAUGCUUAUAUUAGUGAAGAUUUCUUGGUGAAUGGCGCCCUCUCUGUUUGCAGGUGACUACCAUAGAACGUUAGAAUUCAUUGCUAACAAAUUACAGUAAGGAGAAGUUUAAAGUUUUGUGAAACAUAUCUUAGCUUAUAAGAUUCCCAUGUGUCAAAAAUAAUAAAAUUAUAACUGAUUCUAACAAAUUCUGUAUGAAAACAGAUUUUGUAUCGCCUAUUAAUGCUGUCUUAUGCCGUUCAGCUAUCCAUUGCUACCUGUGGAGAAUUUCAGCCAAUUGGAAACUAAAAUAUUUGUCUUUAUGCAUGAUGGCUGCAGAUAUUAUAUUUUUAAAACAAUUGUGAAAAGUCAAAGACAUGUAAAUCCAGCCAGAACCUUUCAG